CCCGAGCGAGAAAGUUAACUCCUGAACUUCGUAGUCAGAAAAAUUUGUGAUUUAUAAAAUAGCAGGGAAAAACGGCGGUGUGCUGACAUGGCAUUUCGCCGCAGAAACAAGAGCUAUCCUUUCUUCAGCCAAGAGUUCUUAAUUCAGAACCAUGCCGACAUCGUCUUCAGUUUUGUGAUUUUCAUUUUGAUUGGAUUGAUGUUUGAGGCAACAGCCAAGACGGCCAUACUGUUCAUUCAGCCUCAGUACAACGUCACCACACUGUCACCAGAGGGAGAGGUGACGCUGUAUCAUUACGGAUGGAAAGACGGCGCCACCAUCCUCUUCUACUUCUUCAUUGCCAUCAUACUCCAUGCGGUUGUGCAGGAGUAUCUCUUGGAUAAAGUCAACCGGCGACUUCACCUCUCCAAAAGCAAGAAUACCAAGUUCAAUGAGUCGGGUCAGCUGUGCGUGUUCCACUUGGUUUCGAGUGUUUGGAGUUUUUACGUUCUCAUAACAGAAGGAUAUCUCCUGCAUCCCAGCAGCCUUUGGGAGAAUUAUCCCCAUGCACACCUCAGGUUUCAAGUGAAGUUUUUCUACCUCACUCAGUUGGCUUACUGGCUCCAUGCCUUGCCAGAGCUCUACUUCCAGAAAGUACGCAAGGAAGAGAUGCCUCGCCAGUUGCAGUACAUCUGCCUCUAUCUGCUACACAUCUCUGCAGCCUAUUUGUUAAAUUUGAGUCGUGUGGGUCUGGUUCUCCUCUUCCUCCAGUAUCUAUCAGAGCUGGGCUUCCACAUUGCCAGACUUUUCUACUUCACUGACGAGAAUCAUCAGAAAAUGUUUGACCUGUGGGCGAUUGGCUUCGUGUUCACACGGAUGGCCACUCUGACCCUAAUGUUCCUGGCUGUCGGGUUUGGUUUAGCUCGCACCGAGAACCAGGGCCUGGACUUGGAGAUGGGAAACUUCAACACUUUACUGAUUAGGAUGACCGUUCUACUGCUGGUGUGUUUGACCCAGUCUUGGCUUCUAUGGAAGUUCAUCCGCUUCCAGCUCAGGCGCUGGAGGGAAUUCAGACACGAACAGGCCGUCCGCAAGAAGGCAGCGCCCAAACAGCCCCUACGGACACUUAAGAGAGACUCGCUCGGUCACCACGAAAAUGGAGUCCUUAAAGCUGAGAACGGAGCCUCUCCUCGGACUAAAAAACUCAAAUCACCCUAAGAGGAUGCACAGACUGACCUGAACCAAGUGGCCUUAACCGAGACUAAGAUGUGUCAACAGCCUA